UCAUCAAAACAAGACUCAUCCCAUCACCUCCCAUCCAGAUCAAACCUCCCCCCACAGAAAAACAUGAUCCCACAACUCGUCGAAAACCCUGACGAACUCCUACGAGACGUACGAGAAAGCUUCAGAAUACAACAAGACAUAGACUCCAUCGGAAACAUAAACAACAGCAUAAACACUCUCAACCAACUCUCAAAGGAUAAGCUCAAUGAACAAAGGUUUAAAAUAUCCGAAACUACGUUGAACAUAGACACCACUUCUUCCGCCAUAGAGAUACUCGUCUCGGAUUUGAACAGAAUUCAGAAUGAAGCUUCCCAAUUCUCUUCAAACAACACUUUGGAACUGGAAUUGAACAGUUUGCAAGAUUUGGAAAACAGCGUCGUCGAUCUACGAAAGAAACUCGAUUCGAAAAUUACAAACUUGGUCAACGCUGAACGUUCUCUUGCUGCCACCACCAGCACCACAACAACAACACCCACCUCUCCUGUUCCUGCUCCCCUCGAAACUGCUCUCGAAGAUCCAGUCGUUAAAUCCAACUUGUUGAAACUGAAACUGUACAGAUCUUUGGGGGUCAUAGUCGAUUCCGAAAACAACCAAGUGUUGAUCCAUUUGCAAAACGGCGAAUUCGACGUAUUGCCAUUAGACAACAACCUCAGUGGUUACUUCCUCACCAAAUACAUUUGGGAUAAGCUUCAACAAAAAUACCAAUACUAA